UGUGAGCGUGUUCGACUCAUUAAUUUUAGAGUAUUUUUGAAGGAUGUUGGGUCCAAAGAUGAUGAAAUCUCCUUUUAUAUUAGCAAUACAAACACAUUUGAUGAUAGAUAUGAAGGGAAAACUUAUCAUUUUAGAUCAGUAUAUAGAAAAGGUCAAGAAUUUAGAUAUAAAGUACCUGAUGAAAUAUUAACAGAUAU